AUGCGCGCCGCGUUUCGCCCGCAGGCCGCGCGGCGAAGGUUCCUUGUUCCUUCGGCAAGUACCGGGUCUGCUGCUGGCGCGGGUGACACAGACGGGGGCGACUCAAUUGAACGGAAGAAAGAAGCUGGGAAGCCCAAGGCAGUGGAUCCGGAAAUCCUGGAGGCCGGCAAAGUGGGAGAAACGGGCCCUCGCUCCCGAGAUGGUGACGUGGCUAGGAGUGCUGACGUGGCAGGGGAUGCUGACAUGGACCUAGAGGCGCUGGCUCGUGAGCUGAACAUGGAUUUGAAGGAGGUGCAGGAGGCGGAAAGGAUGUUUGAAAGUGCCAUGUCAGCAGUUGCCUCGCUGGAAUCGCUAUCCGCCAAGUUCGAUCAGAUGAUUCUGGAAACUGCCGCUGCUGAAUCAGCUGGAUCAGAGGAUUCAAACAAGGGUUUAAGAGGGUUUUUGGGUGAAGGGGGUUUAGCGAAUGCGGGUUUGGAGGAUUUAGAAAGAGGCAUGGAAGAGUUGGUUAAGGAAUUUGAAGCUGCGUCAUCGAAGGGCGAGAGAAAAGGCAUCAGCCAAUCAGGGGAGGGGAGUGCAGAGGAGGCGGAUGAUGAUGGUGCUGACGUGGACUUGGCAGAGGAGGCCAUUGCUGACAUGGAGAAUGACCUGGCGGAGCUGCAGCGGUCGGUGGCGGCCACGCUUGCUGAGCUGGACCGCACUGCCACGUCACUCACUCCGGAGCUGGGGCUACAGGAAGUGCUUAAGCUCAAGAGCUCCAUCUCUGCUGACGUGGCGCAGAUAGAGCAGCAGACGGGCGCCAUUCUCGGGUUGCUGAGAGAGGCCCGAGAGCUGCAGGAAGCUUCCCAGCAACCGGGGGCACCAAUGGGAGCGCGCCAGCUGGCGGCGCAGCGGGCCGUGGAGGCUCGGAACGCCAUGGCUGCGAUGGCAGGCUCGGCCGAAGCUGCGGCAGAGGCUUUGAAGGCCCUGGAGGAGGAAGGGGCGGCGGACUGGGAUGGUGUGGGGGGGCCGGCCUACCUAUCCCAAUGGCACGAGGUGGCAGCAAAGCGGGCGGAGAUAAAGAGGGAGCUUGCGGAGAUGUUCAGCAACGCGCUUGUUCCCCCUUUUCCCGUUCCACCCCUCUCCAGCCAGCCGGCCUACCUGCCCCAGUGGCACGAGGUGGCAGCAGAGCGGGCCGAGUUGAAGAGAGAGCUUGCAGAGAUGUUCAGCAACGCCGUGCAGCUGUUUCAGGAGGGGGAUGCGGAAGGGGCGAUGGCAUUGGUGGCGGCUAAUGAGGCGGAGGUCAUGGGGCAGGAGGGGGAUGAGGAGGGGGCGAUGGCGCUGGUGGCAGCAAACGAGGCAGAGGUCAUGGGGCAGGUGAGAGAUGGGCUGGGUGCUGAUGUGGCUGUUGUUGUGAGGCGUCUCUACUUUUCAUUAAACUCGAUUACUUCCAUCCUCCCCUCCUGCCCCCUUCUCGUCUUAUCAGCGGUGCCGCUGUCUCUACUUUUCAUUAAACUCGAUUACUUCCAUCCUCCCCUCCUGCCCCCUUCUCGUCUUAUCAGCGGUGCCGCUGGCGCUGUUGUGGCAGCAGGGGAGGCGGGCGUAGAGCAAUCAGCAGUGCUGCUGGCGCUGUCACAGCUGCUGCUGGGGAUGGGAGAGGAGGGGAAGGGGAGACAGCUGAUGGAUCAGGUCGCAGCUGCUGCUGGGGAUGGGGCAGGAGGGCAAGGGGGGACAGUUGAUGGAUCAGGGGAAGAGCACUACCUGCAAGCGUCCACUCUCUGCAGUCUCGCCAAUGCGUUAAUGGAAGCUCAGAGGCACGAGGAGGCGGAGGAGGUGCAGAGGAAAGCGGCAGAGCUGUAUGAAGCGGCCAGGGGGGAGAGGUCCCGCGGGGUGGCGACGAUGCUGGUGCGGCUGACACAGAUUCAGAUGGAAGGGGGGCGCGUCGAAGAGGCUGAAGGCAGCAUUCUGCGCGCCAAGGACAUUCUGAUAGAGAAGGAAGGACUCACGUCGAUGGAGGCAGCAAUUGUGGAGUUCACUCUGGCACAAGUCAGGCAGGCGCAAGGUCGUCCUGAUCUAGCAGUGGGGGUGUUGGAGAGCGGCCUUCGGAUAUUCGAACAGGCAGUGGAGCAGCAGAGGAGGAAGGGCGCGGCGGGAGACGAUGCUGAGCUGGCAGGAGCCGGCGCUGAGCUGGCAUGGGGCGACGAUGAGCUGGCGGGGACCCCGCGUGCGCUGGUGAAUGCGCUUGGAGCGUCAGCGUUCCCGGCCUUUGAGCAGGCGCAGAUCGAACUGAGCAUGCUAUACGACAUACUGGAUAGGGACGAAGACGCGUGUGCCAUAAGGGAGAAGCUUCUUUCAGCAAAGGAGCUAGCCAUCGGCCCUCUCUCCCCAGCCCUCGUCCCCCCUCUCAUCCAACUCGCCCAGUCCCGCAUGACCGUCGGCCAAUCAGAGGGCGCGGAGCGGCUCCUGCGCCGCGCGCUGCAGAUCGCCAGGUCAGCGGUGCCAGCUGGCGACGCGCGGUUGGCCGUGCCGAUCGAACGGCUGGCGCUGUGCCUGGCACAGAUGGAGCGGUUUGAGGAGGCUGAGGUGCUGGCAAGGGAGCAUCUGAUGAUCGCUGAGGGGGCUGUUGAGAAGGCGGGACUGAGGGGAGACAGUGUUGAGAUGCUAGCCCAGCGGAACCUAGCACUCGUCCUCAUGGCUACAGACAGGGCAGAGGCAGCGGAGCUGUUACUGAGGAAGGCUCUAGCGAGGAUGGAGGGGGCAGUGGGGCCCAUGGGGGAUGCGGCGUUGGUGAUUGCCGGGUCCCUGGUGGUGAAUCUGCAGCAGCAGGGGAGGGACGAUGAAGCUGAGCCGCUGCUUAAGAGGCUAGCUCUGGCUGAAGCUGCAGCUACGGGGAAUUUAUAUCCGUUCACUUCUCUCCGGAACGCCACGUGGCACGCGGCAGCGUUAGCGAGUUGUUAUAUUCCUCUCCAUCCUUUGCUCGUUGCGCCGAUUUACUCCUUGAACUCGAUUCGCCGAAAGCGUGUGGAGAAUCAGAUGGCUGGCUCGCACAUCGAGGAUCCUUGCAUUAGCCGGACGGUUCCGUUCCUCCCCGUUUCCCCCUCCGCCUCUCCUUCCGCUCCUCCCUCCGCUUCCCCCUCCGCUCCCCCCUCCGCCUUCCCCCUGGAUGACAGCACGCUCUCAGAGACCUGCGCUGGCUUACCUUCAAAAGCUUCCACCUCCUCUGAACACCAUUCCGAGGAGCUUCAACACCAAUCCAUCAACAUCCAUUCACAUUCCUCGUUACAAGAAAACUCGUUUAAACAAGUGCUGAUCGAAGAACACCCACCUGAAGCACAUUCGUUCCGUGCAUUCGCCUAUCGCCGGCUGAGCUGUGGGCCUCCUCGCCCGGCAAUCACCCCCCUCUCCUUCCCCUCCCUCACUUUCUUUCUUGAUAUCUCCCACCACGGCCAUUCGCGGCUGUCCAUGGCGCUCCAGCAGAAAGAUCUGAUCCUGUCAGAGACUGCUGAUCUAGUAGAUUUCGAUUUUGUUGUCAAGAACCUGAACGCUGCUCAUGAAAACAGCCCCUUGUGGAGGCCGCACCCUGAUUCCACCGCUUCCUCCUCUCCCCCCUCUUCCUCCUCUUCCUCCUCUUCCUCCUCUUCCACCUCGUCCGCUCCACUCACCCUUCCAGAUUCAGUUGCCACCCCUUCCGCCUCCUCGUCCCCUUCCUCCAGUCCCUCCGAAACCGCUGCUAACUCAUCCAUUCUCCCUUCAUCCCCCACUUUCUUAUCCGACUACUACAAGGCGUCACACAUGGCAAUGCAAGGGCCGGAUCGGCCAUCUGCUUUUGCGCAGGAGCUCUCUGCUCAGCUGCACGUGCAGAGGCCUUCAGAUGGGCGCAUGGUGCAGCUGGUUAACUGCCAACCUCAGUACCAGGCAGAUGAUUUAGGCCUGCUGGUGUUUUGUUCCAUCUUGCCUGCGCUGGUGUUUGGAACAGGGCUUUUAGCUGAAGUUGACUUGGAAUAUAGGGCGAUUGUUAGAGGAGGGGGGCAGCUUGAAGAUGGGUGGAUUGGAAACCCUAGUGGAUCGAUCAAAGAGGCCGUGGUGGAGACAACGGGUAACAGCGAACAUGUCAGUCAGACAACAGAAUUGCAAAGUGGGGUGGAUAACGUAGUGGUAGAGAGCUGCCUUGUCAGUGCGACUACUGACCCCUCUGGGGAUGAAAAUGAUGCGACGACUGCUUCUGCUAGUAGCUGCUCACAAAGCUCUGCUGGUGCACUACAUGGUGCUGCCAAUGACGUCGCUGCUGGUUGCGACAAAGUCUGCGCAGAGAAGGCUGCUCAGCUCAAGCCAGCCCUCAAGGGAUCAUCGCCGCGUCCCUCCGGGCUUCGCGUCACCUGGGCUGCUGACGUGUACGACCCGAUUCCGAGCCUCAUCUCCCACACUGUUGGGAGGCGCAACCAACGGAAGAUCUAUUCCAGGAGGCAGCGGAAUGAGCACGCGGGGAAGGGGAAGCAUGGAAAGGGUUCCAAGAGCAGCAAGUCCUCCAAGAAAGCUUCCAAGGAGAACGUUUCGGAGAAGGUGCCGGCACGGGAGGCGGGAAAACCACCUGCUAGCUGUCCCGCAGCAAGCAGCCAGGAUAAGCUUUGUGAAUCGACAGGGGAACGCGCAAAUGUUCAGGAAGUCGUCAAGGAGGAUACCGAGACCGCAGUAGUUGAAAGGAAAGACGAUUCUUUAGACGACGACGGGUGGUCUAUUGUUGUUCCCAAGUCUCAUGCUCGCCGAUCAGGUCACGGAGCUCACUCGCCGUCUUCCAGCCCUCCCCUGACCAGCUGCAGUCCGCCAAAGAAAGGCUUCGCGCUUGCUUCGCUAGAAAGCCUCGAGACAACAAGCAUCACUGUCUUGGAUGCUGAGGGGUGCCUGCCUUCAUCCAGUAAACUUGACGGUGUUUCGCUGUUCGUUAAGGUUGGCAGUUCAGGUUCGGAGGACAACCAGCUGUUUUCUCCUGAGAGCACUUUGGAAAACCCGGUCUUCACGUCCAGAGAGGGUUCCCCUGAGCUUUCUUCCAGUCCACCUGCUUCAAUAAAUCUUCUGGAUCGGAUUGGAACUUCAGUCUUCAUUCAAGAGCAUCAGUCUGAUGUCAAGCAAAGGUCAAGCUCGCACAAGUCAAGCUCUCUCUUUGCCAAGGUCUCCAUGGAGCGGCUGGCUGGUGCCACAGCUCUAGCACAUGGGAAGGUGCAGGAGGGGAGGCGGCUGGUUUUCAGUGCAUACAUGUCUGCGCGGAAGCAUGGAAUGAAGGGUGAAGUGGCUCGCUGCCUCAGGUUGAUCGCUGACACUCAAACGGGCCAAGAUCGGCUCAGUAGUUUGAAUGCUGCGGUUGAAGGGCUUGCCCUGGCUGGUGUGCCGUUUGAGCAUGCUGAAGCUCUACUGUGUCUUGCACAAGCUGAGGUCCAAGAAUCAAUCAGUCUCUCAGGGUUUGCUUACACAAGCAUCGACCUAGUGUCCUCGCUUGAGAAGCUGAGCUAUAGCCUCGAAGCUCCACAGCAUAAUGCACGCUUGAUGAAGGCCAAGUCUCACCUCAGGACUGCUGCUGGCCUGCUAAUGACUGAGCUUUCAUCUUCCAAGUAUCGCUUCUGCUCCAAGAGCGCCAUGAGCCAGUACAACUCCCCUACUGGGAGAAGGAAGAGCAGCAGCAGUGGUUCCAAGAAAUCUAAGAAGCCUGAUUUGUUGGAAGAGGAGAGGUCGACAUUGUCUGGCCUUCUGGGAAGUGUGCAUGAGCUGACAGGGAAGGUGGGAAUUCUGAUGCAGCAGUUGGACGAUGCAAAUGUUGCUCUGCAUGCUGCUGCCUCCAAUGAGGACUGGCGCAAGGGCAGUCGCGAAGAGGCGGCUCAGGUUGAUGGACUGUUGAAGCACCUUGCUGCUGGAAAGUUCCUAAGUAGGACCGUUGCUGCUUGA